UGUGGGUGUCGGUGUCGGUUAGGAUGGCGAGGCUUUCAAAUUCGCAGGAGAGAGGGUGGGAUGAGUGCACCGCGAACUUCUGAGAGCAAUUCCGUGAUGGAUGGAUCGUAUCCUUCCUGUCUGUCGUUAGGAGAUGAUGUUUGUCACCCUUGGCUUGGAAGCAACGAGGAGGAGGAUUUUAGGGUUUGUUGUAUUCGUUUUCUCGUGAACAAAUUCGUCACAGAGAGAGAGAGAGAGAGAGAGAGAGACUGAACGAGUUGGGCUGGUCUGAAUUGCCCAGGAUACGAUCAGCAUCAAAGAGUGUGGAGAAUCUGGAGGUCUUCAUCUUUUUGGUAGGUUCUUGGAGAGAUGAGUACGUAUGGGGGGGACAGUUGGGUGCCGGAAGCUAUGCAUCGCAAGCACCAAGUGGAUCAAUUGCUUGGCGAUGUCCAUCAGUUGGAUCGGUACUCCAACCAGUGGCGCCACUUGUCUAACGGACGUUUCGCCUGCCUCAUUUGCCCACACCAUCCCGUUCUCGACACGUUUCCAAUGCUAAUUAUGCAUAGAAAAGGUGCAAAACAUCAAGCAGCUGCGGUAAAGCACGAGGAGAAGGAUCUUCGUCUGCAAAAUGAGAUUCAGAAGAGAAUAGCACUUGAAGCUAAUAAGGUGACAGAUACUGUUCGCAGUUCACAGAAUCGCCAGUCCACUUCUCAAGCUUGUGCCCCUCUAAUACAAGCUACUCGCAAGUGCACAGCUCAAGCACUUGCAAUGCUGGAUGGAUCCAAGGUGGUGUGUUACCCUAGCAGAGUAGGAGAUGUGCCUAACACGAAACUGAUAAUUGACCAAGGCACGCCGUUUUUGUCACCAACGUCCUUACAAGUUUCCAUUCCUCCCGUCAAAGUGAAACCAUCAUCUGCACAUGAAAGUGGGCAUCAAAAAGUUUUGGGCAAACGAAAGGCAGGACAGCUGGAAUCAGGACCGACGGUUGGUAUAAAAGAGGGCCAAGAGCGUCGACAAGAGCGAGAGCGAUUACUACGACUGAGGGAAGCUGGUUGGCGGCUGGAUGGCAAUGGCAAAUGGUUUAAAGAUGAAAAUGUGGAGUUUGAUUCGGAUGAAGAGGCCCCUGCAGAUCUCACAUGAUAUUUGAACCAAGUUUCCUCUGACCAGUGCUUGAAUGAGUAUGCUUCCGGUGCUGCGUCAUUCAUACCGAGCUUCUACAACGCUUGAAAUGCAGUUUUCAAUGUACAGAGCUGUCAGAUUAGGGCGAGCAUCUUAGGUUGGGCUUGCGUCCCGAUGUGUGACAAAUCAGCCGGCCACUGGCUGACGGUGUGUCACAAUCAUGGCUGGACGCGAGCAUGUGUUAUCUGCAUCCAAUUGUCUACGCCAUUGGAUGAGCAGGAUCAUAGUAUGAUCAAUUACAAGAUCGUUAUGUUUGGAGCAAUUCAUGUCCAAUCUAACAAGGAAAGAGGUCCCCCUUCUUCUUCUUUUUUCUGCUCUAAAGAUCCGAAGCACCCGACCAGUAAUUUUGGCUUUUUUCAAGUACAAAGAUGCAGCGGUGACGAAGGUCUACGGGUUUGUUCUUGGAUUUGAGGCAGUUCUUCAAAUCAUUGUGUCUGAUGAGAUCGAAGCCCACAUGCUUUACGACUCCGUAGUGCCAUCGGAAGAAUCCUUCUUUUUAGAAGAUGGUAUUAUCUUUUAUGUGGGGACCCAAGAUUCAAAGGAAUUUUAAUCUCGAGAACCCUAGUUUAGUUUGUUCCUUGAUGCAUAUCAUAUUCUCAAAAAAAAUUACUUGAGCCUCAAAUGCUUAGGGGGAUUCAAAGCUUCAAUCUUCAUUCGUACCUGUAGUGUGAAUUCCAAGAUUAUGCUUCAUUGUCGAAGUUAGUGUGAUGGUUCUUCUUGGAACAAAAAUAGUCUUGAUUUUGUUCCAGAAUGUACCCUGAUAUUUGCAAUAUGUUCAAAGUAUGCAAGGUGAACGUUUUCAUUGAAGUAAAGUCUUUAGUUUCAUUAUCUUUUGA